GCGUGAGCGUCGACGCGUCGUGGUUGUAAGUAGAAACCCCUCUGCAGUGAUUGAACUCCGAAAGUUCAAACAUGACAGAAGACCGCGAUGAGAAAUCUGGAAACGCAACAGCAGGGUCAGAAAAUGACGACGGAGAACUUGGAAUGAAGCCAUGGGAGCAGCAUUCAACUGUGAUCAGCAUCCCUCGCUUCGACUACAACGCUCCCUAUUCUAUCCUUCGUCACUCUCACUGUGGCUUUCUCAUCACCUGCCCCCUCAUUUGGUGGAGAGCUGUGCCGUUUUCCAUGCUGUUAAACUUGGAUGGAGCCCGAUCAGACUCUUUCCAUUUUCCGUCUCUAGAUUUACAAAAAAAAAAAGUAUCUUCCAAAUGCUGAUUCAAAGAAAAGGAAACUCUGCAUUAGGAGUGGAGACCCUGACAGCUUGGAUUGCAAGGAGUCUGGGUGUAGCAAUGAAAUGUCAGGCAAUAGUCUUGAAACAACGAAGUCUGAUAUGUAUGCAGAAAAGAAUCUUGACCUUUCUCUAGUGAAGCUGACCAGAAGUGGGUUGCUUCUCUUAACAUUUCCUUUUGGAAAGUCUCCUCCAAUUGUCAAUAUUCUAUUUGACAUUGUCCAGUCUCUAGAAUCUCACAGUUUAUGCAUCCCACGUUGGUGUCAUCGAAUAUUCCCUAUUCAAGGCACAUGUGUCUUAGAUGAGAAAGGACUUCAAAUGAUAGUUCCCAAGCUUGUUAAUGGGUUUAUGAUUGACAAUCAAAACAAACUUGGCCAACCCGUUAAGUUUGCAGUGGGAUAUAACAGGAGGGGCAUUGAAGAUUCUGGGAUGAAAAAUACACACAGUGACAAAAAUGAUCAUAUUUCUACUUUGCUGGACCGUACUAAAUGCUUUGGUGUUGUUGCAGCAAUUGUAAAAGAUAUUAUCCCCAAUUCAGUAGUAGAUCUAAAGUACCCAGAGUUUGCUGUCCUUAUUGAGUUACUACCGCUUUCUGGAACUUCUGAUGGUUUAGUGGUGGGUGGUGUGUCAAUUCUUCCAAAGGAACUGUUUAGUACAAAACCACGGCUCUCCGUCAAGGCUUUGGUUUUUGACACAAAGGCUAAGGGUGUUAAAAGAAGCUAGUGAGGCAAUGUGUUUCAAUUGUUCCAAGCCAGCUCAUUUUGCUUGGGCUCAAGGUCUAGUUUUGGCCAGCAAAUAUUUAAUUGCGUGUAUAUUCUGAAAUGGAACUGGAGCAGGUGGCGGAGGCCUGGAAUCAUCGUUUUAAAUCUGCCCAACUUUUUUGCCUAUAUUUUAUCAUGAAAGCGACACCUUGUAUGACAACUAUGAUUACUAUGCUAUGAAUCCUUAAAAAACUCUUGGCAUUUCUUAGUGUAUUCAGCAAGUAACUACUCCCUCCAUUCUUAUUAAAACUUAUAACUUUCCUUUUUCCUCCGUUUCGAUUAAAACUUCCACUUUCC